AUGUUGAGACAGACAGAAAACAAACAAGAAGAAUUGCUCAGAAAUGAUGACUGGCUUGAGGAGCUGGAGCUCGGAGAAGGUGAGGACCAGUUCUCGAAGUCGCCGGCUCCGAUUAAGGCGUCGAUUAUGUUGUUGAGUUAUUGGCUGAGGAUGCCAGGGAUGGCAGUAACGAAGGUGGGGGGCUAUUGGGUGGCUGAGAUGGGUUGUGGCAAGGGGAAUAGGGAUGGGAUGGGUGGGUGGAUGAGGAAGAGUUCAGAAGUUAAGUUUGAUUGGGUCCUUGUUCGAAAGAGUGUACGGCCAACCCAUCAGCUACUUGGAGUCACAAUCUGGACCUGGGCUGUUACUAUUUUGAGGAGAGUCUUGCCUAGCUUGGUUGUUCAUUGCUUAAUGAUUCUUUGGGAGCUGUUAAGGCUUGUCUGA